GUGAAACUCUACAAUUGUACACUGCGUAUACUAUAAUUGUUGAAUGUUGUUCAUUGUUUACUAAAAUCAAUAUUAAUAACAGUUAAUGCAUUUAUGUUUAACAAUUAUAUUUAUAUUUAACUUCUAAAUCAUUAGAUAUUUGUUGAAAACAAAACAAAUAAUUCAAUUAAAACAUAGAAUCAACUCCCUUUGAUGGAGGCCCAAAAUGAGCGUGUAUUAUAUUAGCUUUCUAAUUGCAAUAUAAUGCAACUGAGUAGUCUGGUGAACAAAGUGGUUGAUACACACUGUUAUUGCUCAGGCCUACUGGGUUCAAUCCCGCUUGCGAUGCAUGUAAGCUUGAUAACUAAGUCAUGGAUCCGCAGAGAGAAUGUUCCAGUGACGUUCCAUCAGAUGUGGAUCAUCACAUGGAUGAAUUCAUGUCACUGGAUGAUGAAUGCAAGGCCUCAUUUGAAGGGAACCACUCCAGAACUUUUGAAGAUAAUCUGGGAAACAUUUUUCAGGAGAGAGAAGUUUUUAACGAAAAUGACGAUGAUCUGUUCGUUAGUAGGGCCACCUUUGAUAAAAAAUCCAGAAUACCCAGUAAAACAACCAAAUUGAAUGAAAUUAUGCCAGCAUCAGAAUCAAUUACCAAUGGGAUCAGCCCUCCGAGUUUGAGUGUGAGUUCGGUAACAACAAUAGCCAGUCCUCCUAUGACUGAUAUUCACUAUGUUAUUGUAGAAGAUGUGCUAGAUUUGAAUAAUCUUGAAGACUUUAAUAAUGUUCAACUAUCACACUGCUCGCAGAUCCCCUUGUCAAACAUUAAACCAACAUCGCAAAGGUCAUUUCAUGUUGAUGCUAAAGGUACUUCAAGCUAUAAGCUAGAGCAGGACAUGUCUGAACCCACACCUAUGGAUCUUAUUGCUGCAGGGGAUGAUGACAUUGCCAACCCACAUAAUGCUGGUAAUGGUACAAUUGCAUAUGAUGCAAAACAUGAAAACAUGAAAGUACUUGUAGAACAAACUGGUCAAAGUUUUGGACAUGAUGUACCUAUGUCAUUAGGAUCUUCUAGUGAUUUUGAAGGUGACAGAAACAAAAGUGAUGUAACUGUUGCAGAGAUUGCCCUGAACAAUGAGAACAUUGAAUAUCAUGACUUAGGAUUAUUGUCGAGCUCAGGGACAUAUAAUAGACUUACAAACAAUGAUGACAAAUCAGAUAUUAGUGAAAGCUUAGAGGACACCCUCUCAGGGUCAUCUAUGUCUGAUAAGGUCCCAGGAGAUAUUAUACUAAAAGAUGUGAAUGACCAAUACCAGUUAAAACAGGAACAAACUACAUUUUCUGAAAAUCUUGGGCUCAUUCCAGCAAAUACUAAAAGAAUUGUUGAAAAAGCAAAGAAUGCCCCUAAAGGAAUGCAAACAAGAAAAAGGUUUGAAGCGAAAAAUGUUCUCUUGGCUAUGUCAUCUGUUGUGAAGAGUAAAAAUGAAGCAUCACCCAUACCUGGCCAUAAGCAUACACCAGGCAGUUACAAAUGUGGUGCUUGUUGUACAAUUUUCUUGAAUAUUUGCAAACUUCACGACCAUCUUCAAGAGCAUGGCGCUGGUUCGUAUCAUUAUGAUCACAUACUUUUUACAGCUUUUCCAAAAUUAGAUAGCAAUUGUUCCCAUGCUCAAACUCAAACUUUGGAUACUUAUGGUGCCAGUUUUGGAGAUAAAAAUGAUAUGACCAUUAGCAAUGUCAAUACAAACAUAAGGAAAGCUUUGCAAGUCAAACUUAAAGCACCCAAAAAGGUUCAACCAAAAGGAAAAUCGUCUCAGCCCACAAGUUCUUCCCAAAGGAAAAGAGGUAGGCCAAGAAAAAUAAAAGAAACUCCUAUUUUGGACCACACUGUUGUUGUUAUUGAAAAUGUUGCAGCAAAUUCAAAGGUAGACAAUGAUUUAAAUGUGGGAGAAAGUGCAGUGUACACAGAUUUUGAAACACCCAUUGAAAAUGCGCUUGCAUGUGAACAACACAAUGACAGUCAUUUAGAACUGAAAAAGUCAGACACAACAAGCAUAUCCCCAAUUGAAGAAUUACCAGCUAUGAAGAAAGGCAGCGAACUGUUGGAGCUCUUGACAGAGGGAACCCAGGCAAAAAGAAAAAGAAAGUCAAGCAUGCCACGAAAGGUCUUGGUGGACAUGCUUCCAAAGACACAGUUUCAAGUACAGGCCACAGUCAUGGAAAACAAAAUAAAAUGUGAAUUCUGUGGAAGUGCUUUUGAGCACAUUAGGGGCUUACUGAGACAUGAAACGAUAAAACAUUCAGAUAAGAUGAAGUUUGAGUGCAGCAUUUGUAAACAAAAGUUUAUGCGAGAGUAUAACCUUGAACGGCAUAAGCUCUGUUCGCAUGCCUUAGGGAAGCACAAAACAUUUCUUCAACAGAGGCGAGGAAUUUACGGGGCAAAGCGUGUCAGGGUGCGUACGCCAAGAACAAAGGAGGCCGACUGUAAUAUUAUGUGCGAGAUUUGUAAGACGGAAGUACCGAAGUCGAAGUUUGUGGUUCACAACAGAAUUCAUACAGGUGAGCGACCCUUCAUCUGUCAUGUGUGUGGUAAGGGUCUUAUCAGUGAGAAGAAACUGCGGCGACAUGUCCAGAUACAUUCCGAUGCCAACAAGCACACCUGUGAAGUGUGUGGUCAGGGCUUCUCAAUGAAAUAUAAACUCCGCACACACAUGUUCGUCCACACAGGUCACAAGCCAUUCCUGUGCUCUGUAUGCGGGGGUGAGUUCAACAAUAGCACCUCGCUGUUGCACCAUCACCGCACGGUCCAUCUCGGCGACAAGCGCUUCGAGUGUAAUGUGUGCGGCGGUCGCUACGGCAAGAAGUCCCAGCUUGAGGAGCACAUGUUCAGUCACUCCAAUGAAAGAACCCAGACUUGCAGGUAUUGCGGAAAGUCUUUUAAGCAUGGCAAGAGUUUGCGCCGUCAUGAACAGACGCACGUUUCUGACCUUAAGUUUCAGUGCAAUCAAUGUGACAGCAAAUUCUCUCGUAAAGAUAAUCUUGACAGACACAAAAUGUGCCACGUUGAGACCUCGCAUCAGUGUAGCUUCUGUCGGAAGAAGUUUAAAGAGCGUCAGGCUUUGCUGGAUCAUGAACAGUUUCAUAUGAACAGCCGGAAGUUUAACUGCCAUAUUUGUAAGGAGAAAUUCCAAGAUGAGACAUACUUCUACAAUCAUAUGGAAAAAACACAUCAGAUUUCUAAAGAUAUGGUUCACGUGGUCAAUUCAUUAGUAGGAAAUCCUAGUGAUAAAUCAUCAAAAGGGAGGAAGUCUGCGGGACUCGGCACAAAGAGAAUGUCAUCAGUUUCCUUAGAAACCAGUGAUGUAGCAUUUUCAGGGGCUACAACUUCCCUAGGAAUGGAUACUCUAAACCUUAGCAUGAGUGUAGCGGGCAUCAUCCCAGCAGCUGUGUCAUCACAAGAUAUGAACAUCAUAAACCAUGGCAGCGUUCCAAUUCAAUCAAACAUGUCUUUAAAUCCAUUAUACAUGUCCGGAACAAACGCUUCGAGCAACGUUCGAAACAUCAUGACCAACACUAUGAAUCAAGUGUUCACGGUGCCUGGUAGUAACAUGAUACACGUGCAACACGGCAUGCAGGAAUCGGAGCGGAUGUCAUCCAUGAACGCUAUCGACUCGGGACUGAUCCAUGUGGCACUCGGCCCAGAUGGGACCAUGAUUCUACAGGAGCAGCACAGACUGAUGCAGGAGGCCCUCGGGUCUACCAUGCAGGGCAUGCCUAACCAGGCCUUCAGACUGCAGAACAUGUUCUGAGGCCCUUGGGUCUACCAAACAUGGCAUGCCUAACCAGGCCUUCAGACUGCAGAACAUGUUUAAGGACAUUUUCAAUCUAGCCAAAGUCUUACCAGUCCUGGUUUAGUGCUCUAGAAUUGAAGCUUUGUUUAAGCAGCAUUUCAAGCAACAUAUAACGUGUUAUGAAGACAUUGUAGAACAAUUAGUAGUCUUCGUCAUUGUCAUUUUUAGCUCAUCUAUUUUUUGAAAAAAAAUUAUGAGCUAUUGUCAUCACCUUGGCGUCGGCGUCGGCGUUGGCGUUGGCGUCGGCGUCCGGUUAAGUUUUGCGUUUAGGUCCACUUUUCUCAGAAAGUAUCAAUGCUAUUGCAUUCAAACUUGGUACACUUACUUACUAUCAUGAGGGGACUGGGCAGGCAAAGUUAGAUAACUCUGGCGUGCAUUUUGACAGAAUUAUGUGCCCUUUUUAUACUUAAAAAAUUGAAAAUUUUGGUUAAGUUUUGCGUUUAGUUCCACUUUUCUCAGUAAGUAUCAAUGCUAUUGCAUUCAAACUUGGUACACUUACUUACUAUCAUGAGGGGACUGGGCAGGCAAAGUUAGAUAACUCUGGCAUGCAUUUUGACAGAAUUAUGUGCCCUUUUAUACUUAGAAAAUUGAAAAUUUUGGUUAAGUUUUGUGUUUAGGUCCAUUUUAUUCCUUAAGCAUCAAAGCUAUUGCUUUCAUACUUGCAACACUUACUAACUAUCAUAAGGGGACUGUGCAGGCAAAGUAAUGUAACUCUGACUGGCAUUUUGACAGAAUUAUGUGCCCUUUUUAUACUUAGAAAAUUGACAAUUUUGGUUAAGUUUUGUGUUUAGGUCCAUUUUAUUCCUUAAGCAUCAAAGCUAUUGCUUUCAUACUUGCAACACUUACUAACUAUCAUAAGGGGACUGUGCAGGCAAAGUAAUGUAACUCUGACUGGCAUUUUGACAGAAUUAUGUGCCCUUUUUAUACUUAGAAAAUUGAAAAUUUGAUUAAGUUUUGUGUUUAGGUCCACUUUAUUCCUACAGUAUCAAAGCUAUUGCUUUCAUACUUGCAAGAUUUAUGAACUAUCAUAAGGGGACGGUGCAGGCAAAGUUAUGUAACUCUGACUGGCAUUUGGACGGAAUUAUGGGCCCUUUAUACUUAGAAAAUUGAAAAUUUGGUUAAGAUUUAUGUUUUGGUCCACUUUACCCCUAAAGUAUCAUAGAUAUUGCUUUCAUACUUGGAACACUCACAAACUAUCAUAAGGGUACAGUAAAAGGACAAGUUGCAUAACUCUGGUUGUCAUUGUUACGGAAUUAUGGCCCUUUUUUGACUUAGUAACUUUUAAUAUAUGGUUAAAUUUUGUGUUUCGAUCCACUCGAAGUAUCAAGGCUAUUGCUUUCAAACUUCAAAUACUUACAUGCUAUCAUGAGGUUACUGUACCUGGCAACUUGAAUUUUACUUUGACCUUUGAAUGACCUUGACUCUCAAGGUCAAAUUAUUAAAUUUUGCUAAAAUUGCCAUAACUUCUUUAUUUAUGAUUAGAUUUGAUUGAUACUUUGAUGAAACUACUCUUACCUGACAUACCACAAUAGACUUCACCCAAACCAUCC